AUGUCCUUACUCAUAGGCUGCUAUGCGGACACCAACAUUGUCCUUACCAAUGACGAUGGAUGGGCAGUUGCUCAACUGCGUUCAGAGUAUAGCGCGCUUAAAAGUGCCGGAUACAACGUUAUCUUAUCCGCUCCUGCAAUCAACAAAUCGGGAACAGGAUCUUCAACCACUACCCCAAAACAGUUGGAGGUUCCUUGUCAGUUCGAAACCUGCCCCGUUGGAUCUCCAGCUUAUGGUUAUGAGUCCUUUGACCGUAAUAUCAACUACGUCAAUGGCUAUCCAGUGGACGCUGUAAAAUAUGGCAUCAAAACACUCGCUCCCUCCAUCUUUGGAUCGAUUCCUACUCUCGUCAUCAGCGGUACAAACAUUGGAACCAACCUUGGAUCUAUUUCAGGGUCUGGUACAGUAGGAGCAGCUGCAGCUGCAGCCCUUGAAGGCAUCCCAUCGAUCGCUUUUUCGGGUUCAUCCGGAUCCACAGUUUCGUAUACCACCCUCACGAGCAACCCGUCAUCCAGCUCGUCGAAGUCGGCCAAGAUUUACACCGAUCUCGUCCUUAAGUUUUCCGCGGCUCUGCUCAACAACAGCGGAACUCUCCUGCCCAAAGGCGUCAGCCUCAAUGUCAACUUCGCCUCAACUUCUUCAUGCUCUUCCGCAUCAAAUUACAAGUUUGUGCUGACCCGAGUCAAGUCCAGCAGCAGCGCAACAGACGUGACUACCUGUGGCACCAAUAAGCUCACGGACGAGUCCACAGCGAUCAAGAAAGGUUGUAUCGCGACAGUGAGUGUGUUCAACGCGACCACAAAGGCUGACGUGGGAUCGUCCACACAAUCCAUCGUCCUGGGCAAGUUGAAACCAAUUUUGGAGUGUCUUUGA